AUGACCUCUGCCUCAUUAUUGCCUUCCACCAAUCAGAAAAAAUCCGCUUCGCCCUUGAACCCUGUCCAUUCAUUUCCCGCUACCUUGUCCUUCGGGUCUCCAUCCUAUGUGACUGACAGCAAGGCUGAUUACGCUAGAUUUCGACCGAAAUCUUCCAUCCCAUCGGGACUGUCUGCUGUAGCGUAUGGGCAACAAUGUGUUGCGGCAGCGUAUGCUUCUCGUCUCAGUCCUUAUGCUUUGCACCCUCAAGAGCAGGAAGCUUUGCAGGACCAUCUGUGUCACCUGCAUGUGACAGUGUACCUGAACAUUCGCAACGGGAUUCUUCGACUCUGGACUAGGAACCCGCUAGUCAGCGUUUCCAAGGACGAGGCUCUCGGGUGCGCCAAGGAUUACCGUUGGAUGAACCUCGCUUCGUUUGCGUAUGAAUGGCUCAUUCGGAAUGGCUACAUCAACUUUGGAUGUGUCGAGAUUCCCUUGCCUCCAGCUCCUGCUGUUCCCGCCAAACCAGGACGGAGAAAUGACGGCCCUGUGAUCGUGGUAAUCGGUGCUGGUAUGGCAGGUCUAGGCUGCGCGAGGCACCUAGAAGGCCUUUUCAAUCAGUACCAUGACACCAUAUCUAGUGAGCCACGCGUAGUGGUCUUGGAAGGACGACGUAGAAUCGGUGGCCGGAUCUAUUCACAUCCUCUGCAAAGUUUUAAGACCUCUAGCCUGCCGCCUGGUCAUGUCCCCAAGGCUGAGAUGGGCGCACAUAUCAUCGUGGGAUUUGACCAUGGCAAUCCGAUGGAUCCUAUUAUUCGCGGUCAACUGGCUCUUCCGUAUCAUUUACUACGCGAUCUUUCGACACUCUACGAUAUUGAUGGGACACCGACCGAUGAAGUACAGGAUGCUAUGGUCGAGAGUCUCUACAACAAUGUGUUCGAUCGUUCUGGGCUCUAUCGUCACAAAUCUGUAAUUCCGCGGACUGCUGAGGGUGAUCGAGAACUGAUCGAUUCAGGUCGUGAUCUGACCGUAAGCGAUGGCCUAACGGUACGACAGUACGAGGAAGCCAGGGCUGCAGGUACUGUCGGGUUAUUGAAACCGAAUAAACGGGUCCGUCGGGGCGUGGGCCACAAGACGGCAGAUAUCAAGGCUAAGGUUGCUCCCGUCGCGGACCUCGGUCCUGCAGAAGAACAACCUGCUGCUCUGGCCUGUCAAGCUAUGGGAUGGAAGUUGAACCCCGAGAUUUCUGUGAACACGACGCUAGAUCUAGAUCCCAUUGCAAAGGCUUCAGACCAGCAAACGUUGGGUGCUGUACUGGAUGAAGGUGUCAGGCAGUAUCAGCGCAUGCUUCCGCUUACGCCUAAAGAUAUGAGAUUAUACAAUUGGCAUUUUGCUAAUCUGGAGUAUGCGAACGCUGCGAAUGCGGGUCAGCUCAGUCUUUCCGGUUGGGAUCAGGAUGUGGGGAACGAGUUCGAUGGUGAACAUUCCCAAGUGAUUGGUGGUUACCAGCAGGUGCCUUAUGGGCUGUUUUCUUUGCCUUACAAGCUUGACAUCCGCACAAACAAGGUUGCCUCUAGAAUUCACUAUGAUACAGCCGGGGUCCAUCAAGGGAAAACCGCAGUCCAGUGCGAAGACGGCGAAGUUAUCCAAGCAGACAAGGUAGUGUUUACCGGUUCUCUGGGGGUUCUGAAAAACGAGGAUAUAGAAUUCUCCCCUCCACUUCCCGAAUGGAAGCUUGGGGCGAUUGGACGGCUUGGAUUUGGCCUUUUGAACAAGGUGAUUCUGGUAUUUGAUAAACCAUUCUGGGAUACAGAACGGGACAUGUUUGGACUUCUACGCGAGCCUACGAACCCUGGCAGCUUGGAGCAUGAGGACUAUGCGGCCAAUCGAGGGCGGUUUUAUUUGUUCUGGAACUGUCUGAAGACAACUGGUCUACCGGUUCUUAUCGGUCUGAUGUCCGGAGAUGCCGCAUACCAGGCGGAGCGUAUCCCGGACGCAGAGAUCGUUACCGAAGUUAUCAGCCAGCUUCGCAACGUCUUCAAAAAUGUAGCGGUUCCUGACCCAUUGGAAACUGUUGUCACACGAUGGGGCACAGACAAGUUUACUAGAGGCAGUUACUCGUUUGUGCCGCCAGAGUCACUUCCGGGAGACUAUAACUUGAUGGCAACGCCAGUCGGGAAUCUACAUUUUGCCGGAGAAGCUACCUGCGGCACGCAUCCUGCUACUGUUCAUGGAGCGUAUCUCUCAGGAUUGCGUGCCGCAUCCGAGAUCAUCAAUGCCAUCAUUGGCCCAAUCGAGAUCCCCCAACCACUCGUCCCAGAAAAGGGCAGCGUUAGCAGCACCCCUGUCACAGCAGGCCAGAAGCGGAAGGAGCCCGCAGCGCCAACGCCAUUCUCUUCGACAGACCGACAACCACCCGCCCGAACCAAUAACUCCUUUAUCCCCGCUGAAAAAGCCCUCCGCGACGCCUACAACACAGCCAUGUGGAACGCCAUCUACACCGAAAUCGGCCACCAACAGCCUCGUCCCGCAAAAACAGGCCUAAACCCCUUCCUCUUCUACCAGAAGGACUACUGGUUGCAAGCACGUGAACAGGCUGACGAGCAGAAACGUUCCACGUCCAAGAAUCCAAAGGCGAAAGCCGCGCGCGAUGAGGUCCGUCAGGUUCUGGGACUCAUGUGGAGACAGGCAGCGGAGGAGAUUCGACGACCAUAUCUUGAGCAGGUGGAAACUAAUCGACGAAUGAAUGAGGAGGCUGCGGAACGGUGGCGGCGGGAGGCGACGGAAUGGGAGAGGAAAUCGUAUGAGGUUAAGGAUCAGUGGUGUAAGGAGAAUCCGUUUGAGAGCUGGCGACCUGAGUCUUCUACGGCCAAUGAUGCGAAUGCUUCGGUUGCGAAUGCGUCCAUUAACCCGGCUUGA